AUGGUCCUUCGCAGAAAGAGACUUUCCGAAGGCUUAACCGUCACUCAGAAAGUUUUCGUCAGAUCUCGCAAUGGAGGCGCUACUAAGAUUGUAAGAGAACACUAUUUGAGAAACGAUAUACCUUGCUUGUCAAGAGCGUGCAAGAAAUGCAUUCAUAUCGUUGUACCAGAUGCAAAAAACGAGCUUCCAAAUUUUGUGCUAUCCGAAUCGCCGCAAAAAUUGACUGAUGGGCGUAAGCACUAUGUGGUAUUGGAUGCUAAUAUUGUUCUGCAGGCUAUCGAUCUUUUGGAAAAUCCGGAAUGUUUCUUCGACGUAAUCGUACCUCAAAUUGCAUUAGAUGAAAUUAGGAACGUAUCGUACCCCAUUUACACACGGUUACGGGCACUUUGUCGCGAUAGUAAUGAUAGUAAGAGGGUAGUAGUUUUCCACAACGAGUUCAAUGAAAACACGUACGUUGAAAGACAGCCGGAUGAGACCAUCAAUGACAGAAAUGACAGGGCUAUAAGGCGCACCUGCUCUUGGUACGCAGAUCAUCUAAAAGAGGAUGAAAUAAACAUCUUGCUUGUGACGAAUGAUCGAGGCAACCUCGAACGUGCAAUUGAGGAAGGACUAGAGGCCAAAAGUCUUGCAGAUUACAUUGAUCUUCUCCCCCAGUCGGACCACAUUAAGGAUGCGCUUCCCAAUAUGGAUACUUUCGCCUCUAGGGACAAAGAUGUCGAAGCUAGAUCAGAAUUCAAGUUCCCCGAUUAUUAUUCAACAGCCAGAGUUAUGGGCGGAAUAAAAAGCGGAGUUUUAUACCAAGGGUCAGUACAGAUUUCUGAAUACAACUUCUUGGAAGGUCUUGUGUCAUUGCCCAAUUUUUCCAAACCGGUGUUGAUUUUGGGUCAAAAGAACCUCAAUAGGGCAUUUAACGGAGAUCAAGUUGUAGUGGAGCUACUGCCACAAAGUGAAUGGAAGGCACCCUCUACGGUAGCGUUGGACUCUGAGCACUUUGACGUUAAUGAUAACCCAGAUGCAGAUGAAGGUCAAAAUGAUAGGGAAGAUGAGAUUUCUGAUAAGCAGCGCCGCUUACUUGUUCAGGAUGCUAUACAGACACAAAAAUCUGGCAGAAUUCAGCCAACAGCUCGCGUUGUUUCUAUCACAAGACGAUCAUGGCGCCAAUACGUGGGACAGCUGGCCACCAAUUCUGUUGAUCUUCAAAAUGGUGGCACACAAAAUGCUUUUGUCAUCUUGAUGGACAAGUGCUUACCCAAAAUCAGGAUUCGCACUCGGCGGGCUAGAGAGCUUUUGAAUAAGCGUAUUGUUAUAGCUGUUGAUUCGUGGCCAGACGCAUACAAAUACCCGUUAGGGCAUUUCGUUAGAGAGCUUGGCGAAGUCGAAUCUGUCGAGGCAGAGACGGAGGCUUUAUUGCUUGAACACAAUGUUGAAUACCAACCUUUCUCCAAGAGGGUGCUGGAAUGUUUGCCUGGUGAAGGCUCAAAUUGGAAGGCUCCAGAAAACAUAUCCGAUCCGGACGCAAUUACCAAAGACCCGCUCCUCGCCAAGAGACGUGAUCUCAGGGACAAACUAAUUUGUAGCAUUGAUCCUCCUGGGUGUGUCGAUAUUGAUGACGCUUUGCAUGCCAAACAACUUCCGAACGGAAACUGGGAAGUUGGUGUUCAUAUAGCAGACGUUACCCACUUCGUGAAAGCAAAUACGCCUCUAGAUGCAGAGGGUGCCUCAAGAAGCACUUCUGUUUAUCUUGUUGACAAGCGUAUAGAUAUGCUUCCAAUGUUGCUUGGUACUAAUCUCUGCUCUUUGAAGCCCUACGUGGACAGGUACGCGUUCUCUGUUCUAUGGGAGUUGGAUGACAACGCUAACAUCGUUAGCGUCGACUUUACCAAGUCGGUAAUUAGGUCCAGAGAAGCUUUCUCUUAUGAACAAGCGCAAAUGCAGAUCGACGACCAAAGUCGGACAGACGAGCUAACACAGGGCAUGAGGGCUCUACUUCAGUUAUCUAUUAAACUCAAGCAGCAACGUCUUGAUGCUGGUGCGCUUAACCUAGCAUCUCCAGAAGUAAAGGUUCACAUGGAUAGUGAAACUUCUGAUCCAGGCGAAGUUGAAGUCAAAAAACUUCUAGCUACCAACUCUCUAGUCGAGGAGUUCAUGUUACUCGCCAACCAGUCCGUCGCCCGUAAGAUAUAUGAUGCUUUCCCUCAAACGGCCAUGUUGAGAAGACACGCAGCACCUCCUGCUACCAAUUUUGAAAAUCUCAACGAAAUGCUACAGUUGAGAAAGGGUAUGUCUAUUUCUACGGAAUCAUCCAAAGCACUUGCCGCAUCUCUAGAUCGAUGUGUUGAUCCCAGCGACCCUUACUUCAACACAUUGGUUCGUAUAAUAUCCACUCGUUGUAUGAUGGCUGCUCAAUACUUUUAUUCAGGAGCAUAUUCGUACGCAGACUACCGUCACUAUGGUCUUGCAGUUGGUAUAUAUACCCACUUUACUUCUCCGAUCAGACGUUAUUGUGACGUUGUGGCCCACAGGCAGCUCGCGGGAGCCAUCGGCUACGAACCACUUGACCUGACUCACAGAGACAAGAACAAGAUGGAGUUCUUGUGUCGAAACAUGAACAAAAAGCAUCGUAAUGCACAGUUUGCCGGAAGGGCAAGUAUAGAGUAUUAUGUGGGCCAGGUUAUGAGGAACAAUGAAUCAGUGGAGACGGGGUACGUUAUCAGGGUAUUUCACAAUGGUAUAGUCGUCUUGGUGCCAAAAUUUGGGGUCGAGGGCCUGAUAAGGCUCGAAAAUUUGACUGACGAUGAGCAAGCUGCCGAAUUCAAAGCAGAAGAGUUCAAAUUGAGUUUUAAGCCAAAGGGCAGUGAGAGCCCAAAGGAUAUUUUCGUUUUCGAUAAAGUGAACGUUCAAGUCAAAUCUGUUCUAGAUCCUGUGACGAGCAAACGUAAGACACAGCUUUUGCUAAGAUAA